AGCUCCUGAGCCGCCAUUUCAUGUGCGAGCAGCUAAGAGAACGGGGUGAGUUGAGCACACAAAUCAGCAAAACAAAAACAAAUUUAGUCUACAAUAACGAUUUUAAUCUUCGUCUGGCUAUCUCAUUUUGAGGAGCAAAGAUGAGCUACGGAAGGCCUCCGCCCGAUGUCGAGGGUAUGUCCUCGCUCAAAGUGGACAAUCUCACGUACCGGACCUCGCCUGAGACCCUACGCCGAGUUUUCGAGAAGUAUGGCCGGGUGGGAGACGUGUACAUCCCCCGCGAUCGGUACACUAAGGAGAGCCGUGGUUUCGCCUUUGUGAGGUUCCACGAUAAGCGCGACGCUGAAGACGCGAUGGACGCCAUGGACGGGGCCUUGCUCGAUGGGCGGGAACUGCGAGUGCAGAUGGCGCGAUAUGGCCGUCCACCAGACUCUCACUUCGGGCGCCGAGGCGGCAGUGGACCCCCAAGGAGGCAUGGAGGCUACGGGCGCAGGAGCAGAAGUCGUUCGGCCAGCCCCCGCCGGCGAAGACACAGCCGUUCCCGAAGCAGGAACCGCAGUCGUGGCCGUGACUACAGCCGCUCACGGUCUCGUUCCUACUCUAGAUCCUGUUCCAAGUCCCGCACACCCCGCAAGAGCAAGUCCCCAUCCCGAUCAAGGUCCCGCAGCCGCACCCCGGCUUCUAACAGAGGCUCACGGUCGAGGUCCAAGAGCAUGCCCAAAUCCCCCGAUGACAACGGAACCGAGUCUUAGUAACAACAGUUCCAAGCCAGACCCAGUAAGACGGUACACAGGGCAUGGGAGAAUGGGGGUGACCAUCAGACAGCCACAUGUGUUUGAGUCAUAGAGAUAGUUAUAGGAUGCCGCGUUGCGUCUGUCAUGUUAUGGCGUCUGUGAGAGCAUGUGCAGCGCCAUUGAGGCCAUCUCCAUAUAGUUUUAUUCUACUAUGAGUUGGUAAACAAACUGAACGGUUGGUGAUUUACUACCACCUGCAGUUAUGGAAUGUUUGCUCACUAGUAUAAUUAAUUUGCUGUUGACCUGGAUGGAGUUGUGUUUUAUUUCAUUUUACAUUUAUUUAACUAGGCAAGUCAGUUAAGAACAAAUUCUUAACUGAGGUGAGGUAUCCUUAAACCUUAGGAAGUCCCACCCCGUUGACUACAAAGUGAUACAAUUCCUCAAUGGUGUUGCCCAUGCUAAAACUGGCUUCUGGGCACAAGUCUGUCUAUGGUUUGAGUAUAGUUUGCUGAAUGUAGGGCACAUAAUUAUGUAAGGAACAAUUAUGGGAACUCUAUGGUAGGACAGGACAGGUUCAAUUCAAAUGCAGUUGGACAGUGUUCUGCAACCUUAAUAGUCCUUUGAAUAUUAGUAUUUAGUAACCAGAGUUGCAGUGUACCAGUCAGUACUUCAGAAUCCUGACCCUGGAAUUUUACUUGGUGUUGUAGAGGAAACUGGAAAUGUAACUAGUGUACAAAACAAAUGUUAAGUUGUGUGUAGAGCGUGCAAGUGACACAAAGUAAAGUCAGGAAAUAGAGAUGGAUACCUGCAGUGCACACUGAAUGUGCCCACAGAUCUAAUCAACAGUGUGUGGGUGUCUGCCAAUGUUUUAUCCCCAAACAGUCACAUCAGCUAACAUUGGUUUGGGGUGGAUGUUAUCUGCAGGUCAGGGGUAUAGUUGGCCAAAAUUGUUUACAACAUUUAUAAAAUGUGCCAGGGCCUAUAUAAUUUUUUUUAGAUGGGGUAUAUUUAUUGCGGGGUGCUAAAAUCAAACAUUUGUUUACCUAAAUGUGGAAUUCUCUCCUCCAAGCUGCGGUGUCCUGUUGUCAAACCGAGAGGGUGUGGCAGAUGGCAGUGUAAGAGCAGUUAGUGUGUUGUGAUGCGACCUGCCUGAGGCUGUUGGUGGGGGGCGAUGGCGGUUGCUAUGGAGCAGGUCGUCACUGGCGGUGCGGUGGUCUGUGCUGUCAGUUGGUGAGGUACUGUAUGUUCACAGGACCACAGACAGAAUGCUGCUGGCUGUACCUCUGUGUCUGGUCUCACUGGUGCAGGAGGGAGGACCCCGAGGUUUGUUGUCCAAUAAAUGCCUGAGUAAAAAUAAGAACAAAUUGAGUGGUAGCUGUGGGUGGGGGGUCCUUGUAGUGAGAAGACAUCCCAUGUUGUUAGGAACUCUGUUCUAUGCCAGUAACGUGGACAACUGACGAGCCCUCAAUGGAAUGGUUAAAAGGGGGUAUUUUCUAUCCGAUUUUAGAUUGAGAACAGUUGAUUGUCUAGUUGUCAAACUAGCAACCUACCCUUUGACCUCCACUAAUGCAGCUUGUCUUGUUUUCUUUCCAGAUGUCAGACGAUUGAGACUUCUCUGUGGACAUCAACCAGAGCUUAAGUCUGCCAGUGGACACCUCUCUACGCCUAACAAUACUGACCAAAAGGUUGUGACUUGGUCUAAAAUGUUUCAGUUGCCCAUAAAUAGACUACUAUAUAUUUACCAAUGCGUGUAAUGCCGUUGACUAGAGUGAAGGACAUGUUUUGAGGUUAACUGUAUUUUGUCUCAUUGUUAGUGAAGGUUGGUUGCAUAUUAAUUUGAUUUAAACUUUUAUGAAGUAGCCCCCCCUCUUUUUAAAAAAUUAAUUGAAGCCCUUAUUUAGUAGUCUAAUUCUCUACAGAAGGAUUCCCCGUAUUGAGUUACUGCUGUUCUUCUUUUGGAGAGUUGAAUUUAGCAGUUACCCUAAACCAGCAACAUGUAGAGGGAAUCCUUAUAAGCCAAACUUGUAUAAUAAAAAUAUGUAACAUUUUACGUAAUUCGCUAACCUAACUAGGAGUGCAGAUAGUUUUUUUAUUUUUAUGUAUGUACACUGAGUACACCAAACAUUAGGAACACCUUCCUAAUAUUGAGUUGCACCUCCCUCUUUGCCCUCAGAACAGCCUCAUUUCAUGGGUGAAUGGACUACAUGGUGUCAAAAGCGUUCCGCAGGGAUGCUGGCCCAUAUAGACUCCAAUGCUUGCCACAGUUGUCCAGUUGGCUGGAUGUCCUCUGGGUGAUGAACCAUUCUUGAUACACACGGGGAGCUGUUGAGCAUUAAAACCCCAGCAGCUUUGCAGUCCUUGACACAAACCUGUGUGCCUGGCACCUACUUACC